AUAGCGGUGGUAGCACCUGAAGAACGUGACGUCUCAUGCGAGCGCGCUCGUGAUACUAACGUCCCUGCUGCUGUGAACCUCACGCGCCUACGCGCCAGGCAAGAAAUACGCGCGCGACGUGUCAGCUCCAUCAGUCGAUCGCGCGGCGCGAGCACACGGUGGAACGUUCAGGUGCAUAUCAGUUUGGUAUCAUACUCAUCGAGCACUUAUCGCGCUCUCGGAAGCGGUGACUCUCGCAAAGCUUCACACCAAACAGUCGUGACGGGACCGAUCAGUCCGUCGAUAGAACAAUCGUUAAUAAUAGUAAUUAUCGUAUCGACGUGAUUACAACGUGAGUUUUACGUGUCGGUGGAGUGAGGAAAUCCGAGGGAAAGAAAAGUGUGUGACGAUAAAGCAUGCAACCACAACGAUUCAGGACGACGUUCGGCCGCCAGCUGCUAUGCUUAUUCGUGAAAAUGCUACUUUUUGGAAUACUCUGCGGAUUCGUCGUGGUAUCUAUCAGCGCUCAGUACCACGGCGUUCCCGACGACAUAGUCUUCCCCGGACCGGUCAGUUCGAAACCGAGGAACAAACCCGCGACGAGCUACGUCCUCGGCAACGAAGCGCAGAUACCGGUCGAGUUAGCUUCUAGGUUAAACUCCAUAAACACGACAGAAGAAUUUCUGCAACUGCUUCAAGAUAUUCCGGCGAACGAAAAGAAGCUCACAUUCACUAGUAGAAUCGGCGAGGGCGAAGAACGAUCGAACGCGUUGAAGCCGCUGUCGGCUAAAUGCAUGCCCGAACUGCAAACUGUUUCUCUGAAACUAAAUGAUGAUCCUGGAACCAUCGUGUAUCCGUCUUGUACGCGAAUCAAUAGAUGCGGCGGCUGUUGCAGCAGCUCUCUGUUGUCUUGCCAACCAACGGCCUCGGAGACGCGAAAUUUCGAGGUGAUCGUGACCACUCUGUCACUACACUACCGGUACCAGCAAAUCGUGCCUCUAGAGGAACACACCGCGUGCAAGUGCGGCUGCAGAAUCAAGGAGGAGCAUUGCAACGAGAAGCAGCACUACGAACAGAAAAACUGCAUAUGCGUGUGCGACAAUGUGGACGAGGAAACGAAGUGCAUACGGAACAAUGAGACGAAAAUGUGGGACCCAGACUUAUGCGUUUGUUCGUGCAGGAGAACCACGCCGUGCAACACCGGCUACUACUUCGACCACAACACGUGCAGAUGUCGACAGAUAACGUUCUCUAGACCGGUAAACAGAUUUUCACCCACGAAAAGUUCGAAUUAUAAUUUUGAUAACACCCAGCAACCACAAAACGUACCGCCCGUGAUAAUCCCAUUGGACGCCACGGAUCCUAGAAGAAGGCACAAGGAGGAUCCGGAAUACGAGUGAUACGGGAAUUCAGACGAACACACGGACUACAAGACUGCUAAAGUGCAUCUACGCUUUGUUGUUAGUCUCUUUACAACCAUAGUGUUGCGCGGAUUUCAUUUUGAGUAACAGCAAUUAUAAGUAACGAAUUCAAUCUGAAGAUUGAUUGAAGAUUUACCUACAAGGGAAAAUAAUAUAAAAUCGUUCUAGGAUCUUUGCAUUUAGGAGAUGUAAAUGGAAAUUUGUGUUAUUUAGGUUCCCUAGAACAAUUCUAUACUGAACUCAGAAUUAGAUAAAACACACUUCGGGAUUUUCCCUUGUUAAAUAGAAUAAUGAAUAAAUCCGCACUUUUAUCUUACGCAUGUGCACGCACGUGCACGCACGUUCUUAUUGAAAUUGACUUGAAUAUAAUUGCAUUUUGUUCCUUAUUUGUUACUACUUUUAGUCAGGAGUAAGUACAUACGUACGCUCGAGAUGAUUCAUAUAGAAUAUUAUUCAAAUAGGAUAUUAUAUAAAAACUUUUUUAAAUUUAGUAAAUUAAAAUUUAUUAAAUAAAAGGAAUAUUAUAUAUCGCGCGCAUGCGCGAUUAAACUUUCGAUCGUUUAUUUUCGAUUAUUUUAAUGAAGGAUAUUUCUUCCCUCUUUCACUUUUAUUCAUAAAUCUAAAGAUUCUUACUUACAUAGAAAUCUUCCAUUCGAAUUUUUCUUUCAAUAAAAAUUUAUUCAAGUAAUGUCCAACUUUGUCAGUUACGGAGAACAAUGUUUUUAUUAAUGUGACGCCUCGGAACUGGAACAGCUGAUUAUCUCACUCAAUGUGUUGCGUUUUCAGAUAGAUUUCAAAUAGAUGGUUUUAUCUCCGAAGCACUGAGCGACACGGACUGUUUCAUUUUCUAAGUGUUAUUUUGUUAUAUCAUUGCGUAUGUUUACUAUUGAAUAAAGACCCAGUGGUCGUUCAAGGACAUAAUCGCCCGUGAAUAUAUUGUGGACAAUACUAUUUAUAUUAUAAAAUUACUAUUCUUGCAUUUAGUCUUUCGAUGACAUAAGAACUGUUUAUUAUCUGUUUUACAUGUCACAUAAGACGUUUGUUUGUAUCUUGAUUAUGUCUAUCACCAUACUUUGUAAAAUUAUUGUAAAAUUAUUUGAUCUAAGGUUUGAGAGAAUUUGUCACAAAACGCUGAAUACGAUACGCUUUAAUAAUAAGAUACGCAUAACAAUAAAGUUGUGAUAUUACA